GGUAAUCGGGGUAAACAGUCAAGAUGGCGACGUCUGUAGCCGGAGAGGGACAACCAAGUCUUAACGGGAAUUUUUCAGAGUGUCAGACUAAAAAACUCACCGACUUGCCUACAGAAUUGAUUGAACACAUCCUUUGCUUUCCCGUUUUAAAACAUGUUGACAUUUGUAACGUUUCCUGUUGUUGCAAGCGGCUACACGACGUUUGCCAUGGAAGGGGGAAGGUCUGGGAACACCAGUACAAACUCAGAUGGCCAAGGUUGCAGAAAUAUUAUCGUCAGAAUGAGUGCUGUGACUGGCUGAAAGAAUACAAGACACGCCACAGAGUUGGAAUACAAAUAAGAGGGACAGUGGAAUCAAUCUCCAAACGAUUCUUCACAGAGCCUUGUGUAGGUCAGGUACUGGGUGACAGUUUUGCUGAGAUCAAGUCCUUGGGAAUGCCUGAGCACUUUUGUGAAGAUGAGCUCCUCUUCAUCCUCAACUCGGAUAAAAGGAAAAGCUUGACCUUGAAAUACUAUGCAAGGAAAAUUCUGUACUUCCUACGACAGCAAAAUAUCCUGCGGAGUUUAAAGACAUUCUUGGAACAACCUGAAGAACAGCAGUCAGCGCUUGAAGGGGCUGUUCUGGUGGAUCAGUAUUGUAACCCAUUGGCUGAUGUGACUCUAGAAGGUAUAUCAGUCCAGUUAGAUGAGAUGGUUGAGAAAGUCAAGAAAAUGUUAAGACUUAAGAAUCCCUCCCACCCCAGCUUGCGUUGUGCUCAAGGCAAUUGUUUUGCAAUUGAGGACACUGAACUUCAGAGACAGGUGCUAUGGGCCCUAAACUCUGUCUUAUAUGAGCAGCUUCAGUUCAAAGGCAAUGAGUUUGACUAUUACAAUCCUCUGAAUUCUUAUAUUCAUCAGGUGCUACUACGCCAUACAGGUAUUCCUAUAAGUCUCUCUGUCCUCUACAUGACACUUGCCCGUAAACUGGGUGUUCAUCUGGAACCGGUCAACUUCCCCAAUCAUUUCCUACUACGCUGGUGCCAAAGACCAAGGGGAAGUGAGGACAUCUAUGAUUUUAUCUACAUUGAUGCCUUUGGAAAAGGAAAGCAGCUAACUGCUAAGGAGUGCGAGUAUCUCAUUGGCCAUCAGGUGACUGCAGAUUACUACAGUGCCAUUAGCACUACUGAGGUGCUUCUCAGGAUGGUGGGAAACCUACUCAACAUCGGCAAAAGGGGGGAAGGCAAUGAGAAGUCUUACCAGCUUUUAAGAGACUCGCUGGACCUCUACCUCACAAUCAACCCAGAUAAUGUGCAGUACCUGCUGCUCCAGGCGCGCCUCUACUUUCACUUGGGAAUUUGGCCUGAAAAGGUGCUAGAUAUCCUGCAACAUAUCCAGGCAUUAGACCCCUCCCAGCAUGGGGCUGUGGGGUAUUUAGUGCAGCACACACUGGAGCACAUUCAGCAUAAAAAACAUCCAGUGACUCCUGAUGAAAAGAGGCGCAGUGCUCCAGAACAUGUGGAGGUCCAGUACUCUGUGGGGCUCAUCAUGAAACAUAAAAGGUCAGGAUAUAACUGUGUCAUCUACGGCUGGGACCCCAAAUGCACUAUGAGUCAGGAGUGGAUCACGACAAUGAGGGUCCAGCAGCUGUCCAAAGGUGCCAACCAGCCCUUCUACAAUGUUCUGGUACAAGAUGGAACAUGCCGAUAUGCUGCACAAGAAAACCUGGAGCCCCAUUCUGCUCCACUGGAAAUUGGCCAUCCUGAAGUGGGACGCUAUUUCUCUGAGUUUGUUGAAACUCAUUAUGUUGCCAAUGAAGAACUACAGACACGGUACCCGGAGGACAUACAGGAGACUCUGGGCAAAGUACACGAUCUUUACCAUGGACUCUCUCUGGACUCGGGGCAUCAGGAGCAGGCCUCAAGCCAAUCUAACCACACAGCCACCAACAUGUAGCAAAUAUCUAAACAUGCCCAUACUGCACUGACCUAAAUAUAAACACAUAACAGGGAACCUUCCAUUCACAAUUAACGCCUGCUUGUAUUAGAAAGGCUGCAAUAGUGCUAUGUAUCUAAUGAAAGAAACACAAUGCAGCAAUCAAAAAAUGAUGUUUAUCUGAAAAGAUAUAAUCUCAUCUUCACAAAAGUUGACAGACUUUUACAUAAACUCUGAAGUAUUAUACUAGUAUAGCAAUGCAAAGUUGCAUUAGGUUUUCUACACAAAAUCAACAAAUUGUUCAAAUGCUUUAAAGUAAGCAUUAGUGAGAAUGCAAAGUAUUGCACAGAGUGGACAAACUGAUGAGCAAAAAGUAAGAAAAGUAAAAGUAUGCACCCCUAGUAGUGUGAAUGCACCAAACUAUAAAAUAUACAGAAUGUCUCCAAUGCCCCCUCAGACCUGUACCACUGUAAAAUCCAAAUCUCCAUGAACAGCGUCACGGAACACAUUCAAGAAGACUGUAAAUUACCCUUGGUUUUAUUUUCCACAUGGUUUUAUUGUGCAUUUAUGAAAAGUUUAACUUUUACAUAGAUACCUUUUUACUACAUUUGAACAUGUAGAACAUACAUGAUCUGGAACAAAUAUUUCU